UUCAAGCGCACUGACAAGACAACAAAUUUCUUGUCAAGACUUCAAAAUCGCAGCGGCGUGCUUUCCGCUGAUAAAAAAAAAGAAUAUUUCGUCAGAAACGAGGAGGAGAAUUUCGUAAAACUGUGAAAUUGCAGCCCAUUGAUAAACCAUUUUGUUGUGAGACUGCAGCGGAGGAAAGUGCAACCAAAUUAUCGUGUUGCAUGGGCGUUGUUAAUUGGGCCGCCGGCCUUAUUUUGCUGGCGGCGUUAUCGGCGGCGGAUUAACUUCUGCCAGAAAUGUUUCCCUAGAAAACGUCUCCAACGUGGUCAACGAGUCGUGGUCAAAACGAAAGCAACAUCGUCGUAAGAGAGAACAAAUCGGCGAAAAGAAAAAUAACCUUAUAAACAAAACACAAUUUCGUGGGUGCCUCGCAACGUGUGAGAAUUACGCUGGCGCUAGAAACAAUAAAUUAAAUUAAUUAAACUAAGUAGCUGAGAAAGAGCAAAUAGAAAAAAGAAUGAGUGCCAACCGAAGAAGACGAAGCAGUUUCCUCUGCGCGAAAUCCGCAACCAUCGAGAGGCAGCACAAAAGACGCAGUGCAUCAGCUGCGAGUGCAAUUGCAGCAGCAGCAGCAGCCGCAUCAGCAGCAGACGCGAUAUCAACUGCACCCUCCAAAGAGCAACUUUCUCUACCGAUUGCUGGUGGCAGCAGUGCUUCAGCUGAUGAGGAUUUACUGGAAAUGCCUCGCAUUUGCCGAUGCUGUUGCAAACGGGAUUUGAAAUUACUCGGCUUAUUCGAGGCCAGCCAACCAACACUGGCCAACACAACAGUGGCAUCAGCACAAGCAUCGGCAUCAGCAUCAGCAUCAGUAGCAUCGAACAAAUCAUCGGGAACAUUAGCAAAAACAUGUGCGACAGAAGCAGAAACCGAAACUCCACAGACAUUGUCCGCAAAUCCAGUAAAUCCCGGGACUAAAGCUACAUCAUCUCCAUCAGAAGCAGCUACAACGUUGUCCGCAUCCACACCCCCCGCAUCCACAUCCUCCGCGUCCACAUACACAUCCACAUCGACGUCCACGUCCACGUCUACGUCUCCCAUGAGGCGUCGCACCACUAACACCACCGCUCCACCCGCUCCACGUGGUCGUAGCAGCGAUAAUGCCGUCGACUACACCCUCAGCGGGACCCACAGCAGCAUGGACAUUGUCCUCGAGGAGAUGACCAUUUGGAUGCUCAAUAUAAAUCGCGACGAUGGACUGCCGCAAGAAAUCUGCCGGCAGUGCAUGGCCCAGUUUUUGAUGGUGGCCAAGUUCCGGCGGAAAUGUGUACGGAUGCAGCAGCGCCUGCAGGACUUUGCCCAGGAGAUAUCCGACCGCCAGACGGCCAGACAAGCGAAGCGUCAGCAAAAAGUCCAAAAGAAGACACACACACACGAUAGCACACACACGGUGCAAUUGGAGUCAACCAGCCACACGGAGCAUCAGCUGCCCAUACGAAAGCGCCGCAUGGUAUCCGAAUCGGACGGAGAUUCGACAGCAGCAAGAGCAGUAACAGUUCCAGCGAAACAGGUGCGAACGGAAUUCGAGAGUUUGCCACCGCCCAAAUCAAGUGCUCAGCAACUUCGAUUGCGCAAGUAUCGUACCCAAUCCAUUGGCUGUGAAAUGGAGCGUCCCGCCGCGUCCAUCGAUGCCAGCAGCAUGCCCUGGAAGACGAAGGCUGCCCGCAAACAACUAUCCGAGAAUUGGGCGUCCAGUUGCUCGCCGGAGGUCAUGUCGCCCAAUCGCACAAGCGAACGCAGCAGCACCAGCAGCAGCGAGCACAUGAGCGACUUGUCCGUCGGUCCAUGUUGUGGCUUCGAAAGCGACAGCAACCCGUCCUCCACCUCCAACGCGGCGCUGAGAUCGUUGAUCAUCGUUAAGAGGCAAUCGCCGCCAAAGUCGUCGCCCAUGUAUGAUUUAAUGCCGCGACGGGGUCGGCGUCCGAGAAAUGCGCCGAUAUACACGCCGGCCAAGAGACAGCGGCGAUCGCUGGUUAGGAAGGAGCCACUGAACCGAAAGUUGGCAGUGAAGCCAGUCACCGAAGAGAACAAAAAGUCUGAUCAAAAGGAUAUUUAUCCGAAGGAACCAAGGGUCGAGGGCCUUGUGCCGUCCUGUGAUGAGGCCAUCGACAGCACUUCCGAUGCGCCAACGGAAGUGGCGUCUGAUGCGGUCCAAAUGAUGUGGGAUGAUGCCAACUCAAAUGAUAAUAAACAGAAGGACGUCACAUCUAAUGGUUUGAUAGAUAGCUGCAACCAGCUAAGCGCCAUGGAAAUGGAGUCGGUCCAGGAAAUGAUAGCGUCCAAAGCUGAGAUCCACGUACUCAGCGUUCAAAAUAAUGAGGAAACCUCACCCAAAGAGCAAACGUUUGAAGCCACCCGCGUUAUAAAAGAAACAAUUCUUCCCGAGCAAGCGGCUGAAGAUCUCCAAGUGAGAAAAGAAAUCGAGUCAAUUGCGAAUGACAUCAGGGCCGAGGCUGAUCUAGUGCAGUCCGAGGAACUGACCUCAUCCACGGAAACCAGCGAGUCGCAACCGAAAGCUGUUGAGCAGCUGGAAACUAUGGGACAGCAGGAAUCGCUUUCGUUACUGGAACAGUCAUCUGUGCAGCAAACGGAAACUGUGGACGAAUCAGAGUCCGCUGACCAGAGGGAGAUGAUAGUGAGCAUACCGCUGGAGGUGCUGGACGAGAAUCUGCAGCGUCGGCUUUGCGUGGAUCCGGAAACUGAGGCGGCCAAUCAACAGCAGUCCCCUUCGCCCAAGGAGUUCGCCAUGCGUCCCGAUGACGUUAACAACAACGAAAACGAUGAAAAUUUUUGCCAGAGUGCUACAGCAGAUAGCUUCAAUGCUGCUGUGGCACUCCGAACCAAUAAAAUUGAAGCCACACCACCGGGGGGAACGGAAUCGGAUAGCACGGACACGGAUGAGCUGCCGAUAGUGCGAUCUGGGCCAACGCCCAUGGAUUUUAUGGCCGAGUUUGCCAAGCACUGUGCGAACGGUAUAGAACAGCUCAAGGUCACAACUCCGGCGGCAUCGCCAACUCCCUCGGAUAUGAUGCCCCUCAACGAUCUGGAGGCCAAGCAGAAACUGGAGGUGGAGAUGAACGACGUGGAGACCACUCUCAAUGGCAUCCUCAGCGAGAUGCAGGACCAGCACAUGUACACACCAAACUGUGCCCACAUUGAUGAGUUCCUCACGCCAGCCGACUAUGCCACGCUGACUGAACAGGAGUCGUCCGUUCCGUCGCCACCAAAUCCAUUCGAGCAGAGUGCCGAUGCCAAACCGGAGGCCAAACCCCAGGCCACCGAGGAUCCCUUUGAUAAUAGCAACUUUACCAAUGAACUGAUUGGUUUCCAAAACGAUAUUCCGUGCUUUGAGAACAUUGAGACGCCGGAGCAGGGACAAAACUUGCAUUUAGAGCUGACCCAGUUCUUAAGGGAUCUGCAGCCGGCACAAGCCGAGCCGUCGGCAGAGGAGCAAGUCGCAAAGACCGAAAUUCAGGCACAGCCAACCGUCCAAAUGGAUGUACAAUCAAACCUACCAAUGCAAGCUGAUACACAACCUCAAAAUGAUUCGUCCGCUAAUCAUUCACCAUUUGAAUCUCCCAUAUCAUCACCUCAAGUUCAGCCACAGAUCGAAAUACAAAUGGAACCUCAAAUCGAGACCCAGAUGCAACCUCAAGUUGAGACUCAAAUGCAACACGAUGUGCUUACAGUGCAGUCUCCACAAAACCAUCAGCCUCAAGUACAAUCUCAUGACCAAUCUCAGAUGCAACAAAUCCAAAUCCCACCGCAAAUCGAGCCUCAAAUUCAAGUCCAAAACCAGGAGCAACAAUCUAUGCAGCUCGUGCCGCAAGCCCAACAUCAUCAAGUGGUUCCCCAAGUGCAACUGCAAUCCCAGUUGGUGCCCCAUGUCCAGUCGCAGGGCACGACAACGACGGUCACCUACGAACAGAUUUACCAGCAGCACAUCGUCCAGCAGACGGUGCAGCAAUCCUCCAACAAGAUGCAGGUCAUCUCGCUGCCCUCGGCUGGCACGGAAACACGACAGUGGCAGACACAGCAGUCGCAGCAGCAGCAGCAAGUCCAGUGGUCAUCGGUGGGCGGACUGGAGGCCAAAAAGAGUCCCCCCGCCGAGAGUGUUGCACCCACAACCACAACGUACUACAUCAGCGCAAGCGAUCUUUAUCCGCAGCAGACUGAAACGUACACGAUGCUACAACCAGCAUCCAAUGAAAGCUACAUGAUCGAGCAGGUGAAUCACCAGCAGCAGCAACAUUGCCAGCAACAAAUUCAGAUGUCUCAACAGCAACGCCAGCAUCAGCAGGCGCAGCAGCAGCACCAACAGCAACAGCAGCAGCAGCAACCGAUUAUGAUACUGAUCCAGCAGCCGGAGAUCCACAAGCCAGUGGCCUCGGCCAGCAAUCCGCAGCAGGCACCGCUGCACAUCUAUAAUGCUGCUGCCACCAGCAACGAAGUGCAUCAAAUGCAGCACACGCAACGCCAACAGAUACGCCAGCAGUAUCACCACCAGCAGUAUCAGCGGCUGCAACAGCAGCAGCAAACUCGCGUCGUACAAAGCCAUCCAGUAUUGGGAAUGCCGGGUGCCACUUCCAUAUCAACCAAAGUGACCCCCAUUCCCGUCUCAGCGACCAGGGGUCGGGCGCUAACGCUCAAGUGUCGCUUCUGCCACAACGGGCCGCGUUUCUCCAGCAGCCUGGAGUACAGCCGGCAUAUCAUUGAUCUGCAUCCGGCGGUGGCGCCCUUCAAUUGUCCACACUGUCCACUGGCCUUUGCCGGCAGAACGAAGCGAUCGCAGCACAUCCUCAGCCACCAUGUGGUGCAGCAGUACCAGUGCGGCCAGUGCUCACAGGUGUUUCCCGCCCAGAAGGCUCUGGACAUUCACAUCCAGCGCUUCCACAUGACACUGAAAACGGAUCCGUUGGAUGCUGUCAAGGUGGACGACGUUCAGCUGCAGAUCACCAGCGAACGGAGGCCACGGGGUAGGCCGUAUAAGCCACGGCUGCAACUGCAACAGCAUCAACUGCAGCCGCAGCAGAAGUUACAAGUGCAGCAGCAGCAGCGGAAGAGUCUUCAGCAACUACCCCAAACGCAACAACAACAACAGCAGCAUCAACUGCAACAACAGCAACAGCAACUGCAACAACAGCAGCAACUUCAACUGCAACAGCAAGUGCAGCAACUGCAACAAGUGCAACCACAGCAGCAGCAGCAGCCGCAGCAACAAGUGCCACAGCAACACCACCAGCAACAGCAGCAACAUGUGUUGCAAGUGCAGCAACCACAGCAACAAGCGGUAAUGCAGCCACAAUCGCCGCAUCCAUCAACAGUGGAAAUGCAAGCAAGCCCAACAACGCCACGAAAGAUUCUUUGCUGUCCCGACUGCGAAGACUGCACUUCCGGCCACAGUCACGGGAACGAAAAGUUCGAGGAGCUGGCGACACUGCAGAUACCGCCAACAGUGCUCACACCGCCAUCGACUAUAGUCUCGGUACCAUCGCCGCAGCCCAUGGUGUACUCGCAGCACAUAACAAUGCCGUCGCCGGAACAAUCCGAGCCAGAUUCCACGACCACGUUGCGACAGUAUCGCAAACGAGGCGUGAUCGUUGGGCCACAGGGCCCGUUGCAUUUGGCCACACCGGUGGCCUCGCCAUCGCCCUCGUCAUCACCCUCCUCAUCGACGGUGGAUCACAUGCCGCCAGCUUCUCCGGCAACGCCGGCAUCGCCAGCUCCGCCACCAUCGCCCGCCGUCGCGUCCACAGUGCAGGUGACCGAGCUGCGGACGAGCCACCAUUGUCUGUACUGCGAGGAGCGAUUCACCAACGAAAUUGCCCUGAAGAAGCACCAUCAGCUGGCCCACGGAGCCCAGACCACAAUGCCAUUUGUAUGCAACAUCUGCAAGCGAGGUUAUCGCAUGCGUACGGCGCUGCAUCGUCACAUGGAGUCACACGACGUGGAGGGACGACCGUACGAGUGCAACAUUUGUCGCGUUCGGUUCCCGCGACCAUCGCAACUAACGCUACACAAGAUCACGGUGCACCUGCUCUCCAAGCCGCACACCUGCGACGAGUGUGGCAAACAGUUUGGCACGGAGAGUGCUCUCAAGACGCACAUAAAGUUCCAUGGAGAGCUCGGUUACCAGUGCGACGGGUGCGAUCGGACGUUCGAGUAUCUGAAAGAAUUGCGCAAACAUCGACGCACCCACAGCGAGAUGUUUUACAAAUGCAAAUUCUGUCCAAGCUCCUUUAUGCGUUUCACGAAUUUUCGGGCUCACAUGAAAACCCAUUUGCCAAUGGGCGUAUUCCGCAACGAGGAAGCCGCAUCAAAGUCACCCAGCAACAACAACCAUUGCCACCCCAGCAGUGACAAGCUGGAGAAUCCGCCCACGCCCAUCGAGGAGACACCUUUGACGCCGAUGAGCUGCGGCGGACACGUGUACCACAGCCCAGAUGAAUACCCCAAUUCGGUGGAGAGCUGUGCCGGCAACAGCGUGACGCUGGAAUCCAUUGCCACAACGCCAUAACCCACGGGGCCGGAUUAUUAUUUAGUUUACAACGCGUUAGUUAUAAGUAAUCACAAGCAACCUAGCCAAAUAAUAUCGGCACCUUCCUACACUAUUACCACACUCUGUGGUGAAUAGCUUCCAUUCUUCCCAUUGGAGAGCCAACCAAUAAGUAACACUUAACUCUUAUUCUAAAUAAAAAGAAAAACAACAAACAAAAGAAUAGAAAAGAAACGAACCAGCAGACUGCAUUGAAUGCAAUCGAAUAUUGCACCUAAAAUAAAACACCUAGCGACUAAGCCAAGGAUACACUCCCUCAGACACAAAUCUUAAGGCUACAAAAUAUUAGACCUAAGCUAGUUAGAAUCUAGACAUUCAUGUAAUGAAAUCAACUGAAACAGAUACGCAAAGGUUAACUUUAGGCCUUAGAUAUAUAUACAUUAUACAUAUAAAUAUAAAUACUUACUGCUGAUUUCCGUUCCCAGUUAGAUAUACAUAUUUUUUUGAAGAGCGUUUAAUGAAAAUAAUAGGACUAAGGCCCUAGAUAUAAACAAUGUACCAAGCA